CCAGUGUCUGUCUUCUGGUAAUAAAAGAGGCACGAGUUCCUAAUUAUCUGAUUUGAUUCCUGACAAUAAUAGCCUAGCAAUGUGGUGUAAAAAAUUGUGUAAAUAGACAUCUGCGUUUAAUUAGAUUAGAACUAUUGAGUAAUGGCCGCGUAUUAUUUUAUUGAUUAAAGUUCCUGCUGUACGUAGGUGUCUUAUGACAUCCAAUUUUAUAGUUGGUAUAUUUCUCUAGCUUACGUGUAUUUAAUUACCCACAACAACAAAGAAGUUGUUUAAUACUGUAUAUGUUACAAAGACGAACCCUAAAGAAGACGUACCUACGCAUACGUUGUAAAUUCAACUAGACCAUGAGGGGGAAACCGUUCAUUUUAACAUUAUUCAUAUCAACAACAUUUGGAUGCUAUCUAUUUCCUAGCGACGUGCCGGAUCCGUGCCGCGGUGUGACGUGCGGCCCUGGAGAGUUGUGCAGACCCACAUCUGAUGGACGAAGUUACAUUUGCGAGUGUCCGCCUUCCUGUCCUAGCUAUGGGGACCACGAUGGAGCCAAACCACUUUGCGGCAGUGAUGCUAGGGAUUAUAACGGUGAAUGCGAGAUGCGACGAGCUGCUUGCGAAGCAAACACGAAUAUAACUUUUAAGUAUUACGGAAAGUGCGAUCCUUGCGCAGGAGUUACCUGUCCAGACCCAGAAGUUUGUCAGUUAGAUGAAAAGAGAUCUCCUUCCUGUCGAUGUGCAGAGCCCUGUUCUCUAGAAUUUUCUCCCGUUUGUGCGUCUGACGGCAAAACAUACUCUAACGAGUGUCAGAUGCAUAGAGAGUCCUGUCGAGCCAGAAAACAGUUGAAGAUUAUUUUCAAAGGACAAUGCAGUACAGGUGUUAACCCAUGUGCAGAGGUGGAAUGUCGUCACGGCGCGGAAUGUCGAGUUGAAGGUAGUGGCGCAGUGUGCGCGUGUCCGACACCCUGUGAACCCGUAUUACGGCCUGUGUGUGGUUCGGACGCACGCACACACGAUAGCGAGUGCGAAUUGCGCCGUACUGGAUGUCUUCUUGGCAGAGAGCUGAAGGUGCUUCAUGCCGGAGCUUGUGGUUCAAACGGCGUUUGCGCAGAUCGUAACUGCCCUCACGGCGGAGAAUGUGUGUCCUCUGGCGGUCGCGGUGUUUGUAGAUGUCCUCGUUGCUCCAACGAAUUCGCGCCUGUUUGUGGAUCAGACGGAAUAUCAUAUGGGAACAGAUGCAAAUUGCAAUUGGAAGCUUGUAGACAUCGACGUGACGUCCAAGUGCUAUAUGACGGACCCUGCAAUGGUUGCGAGAAUAAGAAGUGUGACUUUUAUGCUGUAUGUGAGAGCGAUGGAGUCUCAGAAGCCAGUUGCGUGUGUCCUAAGCACUGUGAAGAAGGGACUGAAACCGAGGAAGUCUGUGGAAAUGAUAAUCAAACAUACAGCAGCGUGUGUUCUCUCCGUAACAAAGCUUGCCGUGAAAAGAAACGAGUUUUUGUGAAGCACAUGGGUUCUUGUGAAUCCUGCCAGAAUGUCCCAUGCCCUAACGGUAUGUGGUGUUCUCGAGGGAAAUGUGCGUGUUCGGGUCACUGCGAAAGUGGGGCUCAUGAGCCAGUCUGCUCUGAUACAAAAAAGACAUUUCCUAACGAAUGUUUCCUACUACAAGCCGCUUGCGAAGCCAAAAUGAGGGGAGAAUCGCCUAUACGGGUUGCAUAUUAUGGGGAGUGCUCGGAAGCAUUGGAUGAUAAUGGCAAUUCUGGCAACAAAACAAGACUAAGGGACAGCAAUGAUAUAGUUCACGGGACGGACACAACGAAAGUGGCUACUGGGGCCGUGUGCGCAAGAGUGCAAUGCGCAUAUGAAGCUACAUGCGCAGUAGAUGGAAAUGGGCAACCGCGUUGUGCAUGCCUGUUCGAUUGCGCAGCCGCUAGCGCAAUAUCCGCUCCGGUUUGCUCAUCCGACUUGCGACUGUAUCCCAAUUUGUGUCAUAUGAAGCUUGAAGCAUGUCGCCGACAGGAGGAUUUACGAUUGAGACCGUUAGCGCUAUGUCGAGGAUUAGAGUUCCGACCUUGCGGUGACGACGAACCGAUGACUGAUGCUGAAGGGCGAAUAAUGGACUGUGGAGGUGGACCACAUCGAAAGGACUGUCCUGCGGGUAGUUACUGUCAUCACACGGCGAAAGCGGCUAGGUGUUGUAAAAAAGACAAAGGAGUAAUAGAGAAGAAAGACUGUCAAGAAUCAUGGUAUGGAUGCUGUUCAGACGGUAUAACACCAGCGAAGGGUCCAAGUGGAAUAGGAUGUCCAUCUCAAUGUGGGUGCCAUCGCCUUGGUUCAGAAAAUGAGCAGUGUGAUGCUGAGGGCCAGUGUGUUUGCCGACCUGGCGUUGGAGGGCAGAAAUGCGAUAGAUGCGAGCCUGGCUUUUGGGGUCUGCCUCGUAUUGGGGCUGGUCAUACUGGCUGUAUACCUUGUGGAUGCUCAGCAUUUGGGUCGGUGAGAGAAGAUUGCGAACAAAUGACAGGGCGAUGCGUGUGUAAGCCGGGGAUCCAAGGUCAAAAAUGCACCGUUUGUUCUAACCACGAACAUUCUCUUGGACCAAGGGGAUGCUUUGAUCCGGAAUCAACUCAGCUGCCUGCGACUAGCUGCGAGCACAUGACGUGUUACUUUGGUGCUUAUUGCGUAGUCCGGAGCGGCAUGGCCACUUGCGAAUGUCCAAGCAUAGAGUGUAAAAAAGACCAGCCUGCUGUAUGUGGAAGCGACGGACGCACUUACCUCUCAACUUGUCAUUUAAGGGCCGACGCUUGCAGGACCCAGUCAGAUACAGUGGUCCAAGCAUUCGGUCCUUGUGCUGAUACACCCAGUGUACGGCGAGGUAGUCGUUCCAUAGUUAACAGUAGCCGCUCGAGUCCUGUUCAGAAGAAAUACGCUGAUGCUUCAGUAGAUACCAGCGAUAGCGGCAAACCCGACAGUCCAGAACCCCAAACCUGCGUCGAUCUGCUCCCACCACUCGAGUAUCGCUAG